UUUAUGCAGACGGACUGUGUCCGGCGAUGGGCACGGGGUGAGUGGGGAGGCCGAGGGCCCGGGGCUGCCUUUCGUUGCUUGUUGGGGUUACAGGUGAAGGCGUUAGGGGUGAAGAACAACCCAGGGCCAGCGCUUGGCCUUCCCGCCACCGUGGCGGCCGCCCCGCGCCGUCUGUGAGGCGCCAGUUCCGGGGUGCUGCUCCCGGCCUCCCCUCGCUCUGAGGCUCGGGGUCCCCAGCUCCGCGUCAGCUGCACGAUUUCGCCCUCUGCUCAGCCCCCCUCUGUCCCCUCUUUCCAAGAGAGACUUCCAGAUCCCACAUUUUCUUGGCUGAUUUUUCAGUUGAAGCACAGGCCAGGCGCGGUGGCUCACGCUUGUAAUCCCAGCACUUUGGGAGGCCGAGGCGGGCGGAUCACGAGGUCAGGAGAUCGAGACCACGGUGAAACCCUGUCUCUACUAAAAAAAAAAAAAAAAAAAAAAUACACAGUUGAAGCACCAUUGGCCAGUUUAUGUACAGUGAAUACUACUGAGGCUAACGUUUAUUACUUUUGUUAUGCGUAAUGAUUUCCAAUUUGUCCAAUUUGGUUUAUGACUUUACUAGUCCUUUCAUUUUUAUAUUUGUCAUUCAUUUUACUAAAACAAGAGCACCAACCAACAAAAUAAUUAAACACAUGCACUAAUACUGCAAAAAGGUUGUGACAGUGCCAUAAAACAAUGGUUGGUUGUCAAAUAGCACCACCAUAUGACAACUAGAAAUGUUCUUCAGUAAAUUAAGUGUUAGGAGAUGUAGGAGUUUAUUAAGUUGCAUAAAAGUCGAAUGUGUGAAAGUCAAGGGCUACCUGAAUUUAGCAGGGCUUUUUUUUUUUUCCAAUUGAUAUAUUUAGGUGGUCCUUUAUUUAUGGUCACUUAAUGGGUGAUUCUAAGAGUGGUCCUUACAAUGAACUAAGCUGCUCACUUCCCUCUCACUGAGUUCUCUACAGAUUAUUCCUCACCUCAACUUGAAUGGUGUUUGCCUCUGCUAACUUCUGGGAAGUUAGUUAAAGUUAUGGUGAAAAAUAUUCUUUUCUCUCUAUGACAUGUAAGACCUUAUUUAUUUUCUACAGCAUUUCUCUGUUUAUAGCUGUCUGUUUGCAUUCUGAUUGGGAACACUGGGAUCAUUUUCAUCAUGCCGACAGUGGUGGUAAUGGAUGUAUCCCUUUCCAUGACCCGACCUGUGUCUAUUGAGGGGUCCGAGGAAUACCAGCGUAAGCACCUAGCAGCCCAUGGUUUAACGAUGCUGUUUGAGCACAUGGCCACAAAUUACAAGCUUGAAUUUACAGCACUUGUGGUUUUUUCAUCACUUUGGGAGUUGAUGGUCCCCUUCACGAGAGAUUAUAAUACCCUACAGGAAGCACUAAGUAAUAUGGAUGAUUAUGACAAAACCUGCUUGGAGUCUGCAUUAGUUGGUGUUUGCAAUAUCGUUCAGCAAGAAUGGGGUGGUGCAAUUCCUUGCCAGGUUGUCCUGGUGACAGACGGCUGUCUUGGCAUUGGUAGAGGAUCACUACGACAUUCCCUAGCCACUCAAAAUCAACGAAGUGAGAGCAACAGGUUUCCACUACCUUUUCCUUUCCCAUCUAAGUUAUAUAUCAUGUGCAUGGCGAAUUUGGAGGAGCUCCAGAGCACCGAUUCCUUGGAAUGCCUUGAACGUCUCAUAGAUUUAAACAAUGGUGAAGGGCAGAUUUUUACUAUUGAUGGCCCCCUGUGCUUGAAGAAUGUCCAGUCUAUGUUUGGAAAACUGAUAGAUCUGGCAUAUACGCCUUUCCAUGCUGUUCUCAAGUGUGGCCACCUAACUGCUGAUGUACAAGUCUUCCCCAGGCCAGAACCUUUUGUUGUAGAUGAAGAAAUUGAUCCUAUCCCUAAAGUCAUUAACACAGAUUUGGAAAUAGUGGGAUUUAUUGAUAUAGCUGAUAUUUCAAGUCCCCCAGUUCUGUCCAGACAUCUGGUCUUACCUAUAGCACUUAACAAAGAAGGUGAUGAGGUGGGUACUGGCAUCACUGAUGACAAUGAAGAUGAAAAUUCAGCCAAUCAGAUUGCAGGCAAAAUACCCAACUUUUGUGUCCUGCUCCAUGGUAGCCUAAAAGUGGAAGGAAUGGUAGCGAUUGUUCAAUUAGGUCCUGAAUGGCAUGGAAUGCUCUACUCCCAAGCUGACAGCAAGAAGAAAUCAAACCUCAUGAUGUCUCUCUUUGAGCCUGGCCCAGAACCUCUCCCAUGGCUAGGGAAAAUGGCACAGUUGGGUCCUAUUUCAGAUGCUAAAGAAAACCCUUAUGGCGAGGAUGACAAUAAGAGCCCAUUCCCCCUGCAGCCCAAAAACAAACGCAGUUAUGCCCAGAAUGUGACUGUCUGGAUCAAACCCAGCGGCCUGCAGACAGAUGUACAGAAGAUUUUAAGAAAUGCAAGGAAACUACCUGAAAAAACACAGACAUUCUAUAAGGAGCUGAACCGUUUGCGAAAGGCCGCUCUAGCCUUUGGUUUCCUGGACCUGCUGAAAGGGGUGGCUGACAUGCUGGAAAGGGAAUGCACACUGCUGCCUGACACAGCCCACCCUGAUGCUGCAUUCCAGCUGACCCAUGCUGCCCAACAGCUCAAGCUGGCCAGUACCGGCACCUCUGAGUACGCCGCUUAUGACCAGAACAUCACACCUUUGCACACGGACUUCUCUGGGAGCAGCACUGAAAGAAUUUGAAACUGACUUUUGGAGCUUUCCUUCUUUUUUCAUUUCAACUGAAAAUGAUUUAGGUAAAAACCUUUCCAGUAUGUUCACCUCUAGAAUAGCCACCCAAAGACCUUCCUGAGGCUGCCUCAGAAGCACCACUUGCUGUUUUGAAUGACUCUACUAGUAUGAGAAGGAUGUGAAGGUGGUUGGCUGGUUGGGCUUUAACUUCCUGGGAUUCAUAAUUUUUAAGCUUAGAAGAUAGCUGCUGUUCCCAUGAUGGGCACAUUUCCUGAGAAGCUUGAAUGACUGAUGAGCAUAGAACACCCCUGCCUUCCUCAAGAAACCUGACCGGCAAGGGCUCUCUGGCUUCCUGAAAGCUUCGCCUCUUCUCUCGUUUAUAUCUCAACUGUAAGGGCAUUUUCAAGCUUCUGUUCAUGGAAUGAGCAACUCAGACUUUCUGGAGCUUGCUGACACUAAGUGCUGAAACACCACCACUAAGUUUCAGAACUUUACUUAGAACUUGGGCAAAAUGUGGUAACUCUUAGGUGCUUUUGGUAUCUCUUGAGAUUCUAACUUUUAAAGAGCAACCAUUAAUGUGUAAAAUGAGUCCUAUUUCUUCAAGGUUUUUUUUUAAUGAAAAUAAAAUAUUUGAUUUUCUAGAAAA